AGAGAGAGAGAGAGAGAGAGAGAGAGAGGAGAGAGAGAGGAGAGAUGUUUCUUGAUAGGGGAUCUAUAGACUUGGUGCUGGUUCCAUGCGGGCUUGCUAUUAUGUUUACAUAUCAUCUGAUUCUUUUGUAUCGGAUUCUUUACUAUCCCGAAACCACAGUUGUUGGGUAUGAGAAUCAUAAUAAGCUGGCUUGGGUCGAGCGGAUGCUACAGGCAAGAGGCGAGGAGACGAGUCUGGCCCUAUCCGUAAUUUCGAGCAGCACAUCGGCAUCCAGCAAUCUCGCUUCCCUCUCCAUCGCCCUAAGCUCUCUGAUCGGCACAUUGGUCGCGGGUUCCUCCGCCGAUCAGCUCACCGCACAAGUAAUAUACGGCGACAAAACCCGAUCAACCACCUCCGUCAAGUACAUCUCGCUCCUCGUCUGCUUCCUCGUCGCCUUCACCGCUUUCAUCCAAUCGGCGCGAUACUUCGUCCACUCCAGCUAUCUCAUGACCACGCUGGGAUCCGAUUUGCCGGUAGGGUACGUCCAGAGGGCCGUCAUACGCGGCGGGAAUUUCUGGGCGGCGGGGUUGAGGGCGCUCUAUUUCGCGACGGUGCUUCUGAUGUGGAUUUUCGGGCCGAUUCCGAUGUUCUUGUCUUCGGUUCUUAUGGUUGGGGUUCUGCAUUUGCUUGAUUCGAAUUCGAUGCCUCUGCACAGACAUUGUUUCCACCGGCGGCCGUCGGCGGCCAAAAUGGUUGCUACAUUUGUCGAUACUUGACCAUUUUGGAUCCGUCUAGGGCAACUGAUGUUAAAAAAAAAAUGUAUACAUCUAGUCGUGACUUAUGUGGGAAAAUGCUUCGUUCCAACGGUAAUUUUUGUUAAAAAAGCACUCAAAACAGACAAAACUGCGAUGCGGUGCCGCACCACAAUUAUUGCCCCAAAAGGAACAAUUGUUGGAUGCUUGAGAUUCUUAUUAGGCUUUGUGAUGACAAUAAUUUUGA